CCAAACACAUCUCCAGGAACCCCAACUAGACCAACGAAGAUGAAGCCAGAAACCGCCGAUAGAUUUUAAUUUUCUAACUUGAAGCACACCAUCAUGAUAAAUGUAAGUGUUCCACUAUUCUAUUACUAUAGUAUAUAAAACCCACCUUCUUCAAUCACACCGAACACAGUGCUCUCAAAACACAAAAACACAAUAGCAGAAGUAUGUAAGUAAGCAUUUCCAACCGUCCGAUCGAUCUCACAAAAAUGGCUGAGUGUGAAGCAAAGGAGAGGAAGAUAUUGGUGGGCGUAGAUGAAGGAGAAGCGAGCAUGUAUGCUCUCUCAUGGUGCCUCAACAACAUCCUCGUCUCUCAAAAUUCCAAAGAUACCCUCGUCCUCUGCUAUGCCAAACCACCUCGGCCAGUUUCCACUGCCAUCGAUGGAGCAGGUAGGCGAGAACUCCGAGGGUACAUGUGCUCACCUAAUAUAAUAGCAACCAUGGACAAGUAUGCCAACGAGCUGGUUGAGUUUGUGAUGGAAAAAGCAAAGAGGCUUUUGAAGGAGUUUCAUAAUCUUGAUGUUAGAGUGGAAAAGAUAGUGGAGAGUGGAGAUCCAAAGGACGUAAUUUGUCACGCAGCGGAGAAAUUAGAUGUCGACAUGGUUGUGUUGGGAAGCCACGGCUAUGGUCUCAUGAAGAGGGCUUUUGUAGGAAGCGUGAGCAAUCAUUGUGCCCAGAAGGCAAAGUGCCCUGUUCUCAUUGUAAAGAUGCCCAAAUCAACUUGUCCCAGCAAAUAAUGACAAUGACUUCAAUUCUACUUUUAUCAAUUUUUUAUUUUAUUUUAUUUUAUUUUAUUUUAUUAUUUGGGUAUAUUUCUAUUUUGGUUGAUGUUGUUUGCAUCGUAUAAAUUUUUAGAAAAAAUUUCACAAUCUGU